AACUCAACACCGUCACUUGUCUAGCAGAAUGCAGAGAAUCCAAAAACUAGUGCCUCUCGCCUCGAGGGCCACCGCCACCAGAGCCGCUGUCUUGACUACCAGCAGCACUGUAUCCACCGCCUUAAGCUACAGGCCUUACUACUCCCCAGUCUUCGCCGCCCGUUUCAACUCCACCAAAGCCAAAAAUGAACCACAAGAAGAAAAGCAACCAGAAGCCGCAGCCGAAGUCGAAGCCGAAGUGAAAGCCGAAGUUCAUGAAGACCCAAUUGUCGCUGAGUUGCAGUCCAAGUUGACCACUAAGGACAAGCAGUUGGCUGACAUGAAAAACCACUACGCCAGAGCCGUGGCCGACUUCAGAAACUUACAAGAGUCCACCAAGAAAGAGGUGCAAAAGGCCAAAGAUUUCGCCUUACAGAAGUUCGCCAAAGACUUGAUUGUGUCGUUGGACAACUUCAGCUUGGCCUUGAAUGCAGUCAAGGAAGACACCUUAAAAACCAACGACGAAGUCAAAAACUUAUACGAUGGAGUCCAAAUGACCCGGACGGUUUUUGAGAAGACUUUGACUAAUCACGGUAUAGAGAAAAUCGAUCCAAUGGGUGAACCAUUUGACCCCAACACCCAUGAGGCUGCAUUUGAGAUUCCUCAGCCAGACAAGGAGCCAGGUACUGUUUUCCACGUCCAACAACCAGGUUACACCUUGAACUCCCGAGUCUUGAGACCUGCCAAGGUUGGAAUUGUCAAGGGUGAGUAAAUGCAUUUUAUGAUGACUUCUUGUAUAUACACCAACAAAAACUAGGUUCAACAAUGUACAUAUUUAAAUGCGGAAAAUAGCUCUAUUUGUCCCUAAACAACUACCAAUCUACUCCUUUACAAUACCUUAUAACAAAAGUGUGUUUAUAUCGCCACUUUAUUUUCGGCUUGGUGAUAGUGUCAUAUACUUGAAUCAGGUAUGACUCAAAGUCCUU